UUACAUAAAGGUCUGAUUGUUUUUAUUAUAACUCUUGGGUAGGUUUGAACAUAUAAGCCAGAUUACAGUUAGGAUUUCAACCCAACAGGAUUACCUCUAGAUUUAAGCACCUUAUUUAGUUCCAAGCAAUGAAAAUCAGCCGUAAGCUUGUCUGUGGAGCGUGUAUAUAAAGGCUGUCACGGACACAGGACCCAUUCUGCUGGAUAACCAUACAGAAAGUUGUUGAGUUUUGAUCUGUGUUGCCUCCUUCUGAAACAGAAUGGGAUCCUCUAAACUGGCCCUGCUGCUGAUCGUCCUGUCCUGCGUAGAACGCAGUUUCUCUGCCUCCUGUGUCGUUGACAGCUUCACAGUUAAAAAGGACUUUGACCCCAAGAGGUAUGUAGGAAAGUGGUACGCACUGCAGAAGAAAGAUCCAGAGGGCCUGUUCCUGCAGGACAACAUCUCAGCCGAGUACACCAUUGACGAUGACGGCUCCAUGGUCGCCUCCUCCAAAGGACGUGUCACUCUGUUCGGUUUCUGGGUUGUGUGUGCUGACAUGGCUGCCCAGUACACUGUCCCCGACCCCACCACCCCCGGCAAGAUGUUCAUGAACUACCAGGGCCUGGCCACCUACUUGUCCAGUGGAGGUGACAACUACUGGGUGAUUGACACCGACUACGAAAACUACGCCAUCACCUACGCCUGCCGCACCCUGAAGGAAGAUGGCAGCUGCGAGGAUGGAUACUCCCUCAUCUUCUCCAGAAACCCCCGCGGCCUGCCUCCCGCCAUGCAGCGCAUCGUCCGUCAGAAACAGGAAGAGAUCUGCAUGGUUGGAGAGUUUCAGCCUGUCCUGCAGUCUGGAGCCUGCUAAAGAAAAACAGUGAUGGAGGGUGUGAAGCUGAGCUGGAAAGCAAGAGGGAGGAGAAUGAGAGAGUGCAUGUGACAGAAAGUGUGCAUGUGAGAGUGAUAGUGUGCAAUGAAUGGACAGAUGCACAAAAGAAUAAUAUUUCAGAAAAUGACGCUAAGAAAGUGAUAAACCUACAUCCCCAGUUUUAAAGAUUUGCAUUUGCUGUUUUGAUCUGUUUCCACUUGUAUCACUCUGUG